AACAUGUUUAUUUAGUUAAUAACAAAUAAAUAAAAAUGUUUGUUUUUUCAAAUAUAUUUCUGUAUUUUUGCAGAAGCAAAACAAUGUAAUUUUAUUAUAAUGAAAGUUAAAGUGAAAAGUUGGAUGGCUGUAGCCGUAUGGCACUGGAUGGCAAAUGAUGAGACUUGUGGAAUAUGUAGAAUGCAGUUUGAUGGAUGUUGCCCUGAUUGCAAAAUACCUGGAGAUGAUUGUCCAUUAGUAUGGGGAAAAUGUACUCAUGUUUUUCAUAUGCAUUGCAUUUUAAAGUGGUUAAAUUCACAACAAAUGCAACAACUUUGUCCAAUGUGUCGCAGAGAAUGGCAAUUUAAAGAUUAAAAUCAUUUUUUAAGUUUCCAUUUCAUUUUGACAGUUUAUACGCAAUGUAUUAUUUUUCAGAAUUUAUCUUAUGAUUAUUUAAAAUAAAAAAGUUUCUGAAAAAAAUUUUAA